UGUAGGUAGCGUCGGCAAGUUAAUAGGAUCAGAGAGUGUUUGUAUCUCCCCCGCCAAAAAGCCAUGAAGUUAGGCAGCCACAAACACCUCCCUGAAAUCAGCAUAUUUCUACACAUUCAUUCCGAUUACUCAGCGUUUCCUUACUACUAUGUCUCACUCAUCUCACCAGAUCCUAAGAAAUUCUCCAUCUCUAACUCAUUAUCAUCAUCGUUGUCGGAAUCUCAUUUCCCAUACUUCUGGCCAUUUUCCGAUCACAAUCGUAAUGCUCCGUUCCCUUUAGAUUCUCAAUGUGAUUGAGCUUUGAUUUCAGUGUUGCGAUGGCUGGUACAGUUAAUAUCAUCCUAGGUACCCAUGUAUGGGCAGAAGACCAAUCAGUAUGCUGGAUUGAUGGACAGGUUACGAAGAUCAAUGGACAGGAAGUCGAGAUCGAAACAACUGAUGGGAGGAAAGUCACAGCAAACUUAUCAAAAAUAUACCCCAAAGAUGUGGAUGCGCCUGCUGGUGGAGUUGAUGACAUGACCAAGCUUUCUUAUUUGCAUGAACCUGGAGUACUGCAAAAUCUAUCGACCAGAUUUCAACUCAAUGAAAUCUAUACUUAUACCGGGAAUAUCCUCAUUGCCAUUAACCCAUUUCAAAGAUUGCCUCACUUGUAUGAAACUCAUAUGAUGGAACAAUACAAAGGAGCACCAUUGGGGGAACUAAGUCCUCAUGUUUUUGCGAUUGCAGACGUUGCUUUCAGGGCAAUGGUUAAGGAAGGGAAAAGCAACUCGAUCUUGGUUAGUGGUGAAAGUGGGGCCGGUAAGACUGAGACUACUAAAAUGCUAAUGCGCUAUCUUGCCUAUUUGGGUGGUCGUAAAGGCACCGAAGGACGGACAGUUGAACAACAAGUUCUAGAAUCAAAUCCAGUUUUGGAAGCAUUCGGAAAUGCAAAAACUGUAAGAAACAAUAACUCAAGUCGUUUCGGAAAGUUUGUUGAGAUUCAGUUUGAUAAACAUGGAAGAAUAUCUGGAGCAGCCAUCCGAACAUACCUCCUUGAAAGAUCUCGUGUUUGCCAGAUUUCUGAUCCUGAGCGCAACUAUCACUGUUUUUAUCUUCUAUGUGCAGCACCUCAGGAGGAAGUGGAGAAAUAUAAAUUGGGAGAACCUAAAACAUUUCACUAUCUCAAUCAAUCAAAUUGCUACCAACUUGUUGGUGUAAAUGAAGCUCAAGAUUAUCUUGCGACUAGAAGAGCCAUGGAUGUUGUUGGAAUAAGUGACCAAGAUCAGGAAGCAAUUUUUAGACUUGUAGCUGCAAUUCUUCAUCUUGGUAAUGUUCAAUUUGUCAAAGGAAAAGAGGUUGAUUCAUCACUCUUGAAAGAUGACAAAUCGAAAUUUCAUUUGCAGACGACCGCAGAGCUACUCAUGUGUGAUCGUGCUGCGCUGGAGGAUGCACUACUAAAACGUGUUAUGGUUACCCCAGAAGAAGUUAUUAAAAGAAGUCUUAAUCCUGAAGCGGCAACUACUAGCAGAGAUGGUUUGGCCAAGACAUUAUAUUCCCGUUUAUUUGACUGGUUAGUUGAUAAAAUUAAUAUGUCUAUUGGGCAAGAUCCAAAUUCAAAAUCUUUGAUUGGUGUUCUUGACAUCUAUGGUUUUGAAAGCUUUAAGCAAAAUAGUUUUGAACAAUUUUGUAUUAAUUUCACCAAUGAGAAGCUUCAACAGCAUUUCAAUCAGCAUGUGUUCAAGAUGGAGCAAGAGGAAUAUACCAAAGAGCAGAUUGACUGGAGCUACAUAGAAUUUGUAGAUAAUAAAGAUGUCCUAGAACUUAUUGAAAAGAAACCUGGUGGAAUUAUUGCUCUCCUUGAUGAAGCCUGUAUGUUUCCAAAGUCAACCCACGAAACAUUUUCACAGAAACUUUAUCAGACAUUUAAAAGUCACCCACGUUUUAUCAAGCCCAAGUUGGCUCGGAGUGAUUUCAUUGUUUCUCAUUAUGCUGGAGAGGUUCAAUAUCAAUCUGAACUAUUUCUGGACAAAAACAAAGAUUAUGUGGUUCCUGAACAUCAAGAUUUGUUGAUGGCUUCAAAGUGCUCCUUUGUAGCUGGACUGUUCCCUCCGGUCCCUGAGGAGACAAAUAAAUCUUCAAAUAAAUCUGCGAAAUUUUCAUCUAUAGGCUCUCGCUUUAAACUACAACUUCAAUCAUUGAUGGAAACUCUGAAUUCUACAGAACCCCAUUAUAUUAGAUGUGUGAAGCCAAAUAAUCUUCUUAAACCCUCCAUAUUUGAGAAUGCCAACAUCAUGCAACAAUUACGUUGUGGGGGUGUUCUAGAGGCAAUCCGUAUAAGUAUGGCUGGAUACCCGACUCGCAAGAGUUUUUUUGAUUUCCUCAAUAGAUUCAGCCUUCUUGCGCCAGAGGUUUUGGGAGGGAAUCUUGACGCAAAGGAUGCAUGUAAAAAGAUUAUUGACAAGAUGGGGCUUGAGGGUUCUCAGAUAGGUAAAACAAAAGUUUUCCUUAGGGCUGGUCAGAUGGCAGAACUAGAUGCACGGAGAGCUCAAAAACUCAAUACUGCUGCCAAGAAAAUUCAAAGAAAGAUAAGAACUCACAUCGCUAGGAAUCGUUUUCUUUCUUUGAGGAAAGCUUCAAUUUCGAUGCAAUCUCUGUGCAGAGGAAAGCUUGGUACUAAAUUGUUCGAACACAUGAAAAGGCAGGCUGCUUCAUUAAAAAUACAGAAGAAUUAUCGGCGACACUCAUUUUGGAUGGCGUACAACAGACUCAAGUUCUCAGUCACUGUUCUCCAGACAGGUUUGCGAGCGAUGGCUGCUCGUAAUGAGCUCAGACAUAAGAAAACAACUAAGGCGGCCAUUCUUGUGCAAGCAAAUUGGCAUCGUCAUAGAGACUUUAAAUACUAUAAGAGACUGAUGAGGUCAGCAAUUGUUACACAAACCCGAUGGAGAGGGAGAGUUGCUAGGAGAGAGCUUCGGAAGCUUAAGAUGGCUGCAAGGGAAACAGGUGCCCUCCAGGAAGCAAAGGAUAAGCUUCAGGCGCAAGUGGAAGAUCUCACUUGGCGUUUACAGUUAGAAAAGCGUUUGAAGACUGACUUGGAAGAAGCAAAAGGACAAGAAAUUUUAAAAUUGCAGAACUCCCUGCAAGCCAUGCAGGCUAAAGUCGAUGAAACUAAUGAAUUGCUUACCAAGGAGCGCGAAUCUGCUCAGAAAGCGAUAGAAGAAGCAUCGGCUAUUGUGAAAGAAGCUGAGCCAAUUCACGUGGAAGACACAGAAAAGAUUGACAAAUUGAGUGCUGAAGUAGAAAAUUUGAAGAGUUUGUUAGAAUCACAGACAAAACGAGCUGAUGAAUCUGAAAAGAAGUGUGCUGAAGCCGUUGAAUCAAGUGAAAGUAAGCAGCUGAAGUUGGAAGAAACUGUAAACCGGGCUAAUCAACUUCAGGAAUCUUUGACUAGGCUUGAGGAGAAGCUCACCAAUAUAGAGUCAGAAAACAAGGUUCUUCGUCAACAGGCUUUAACAAUGGCACAAAAUACAAAACUACAGGCAGCACGAUCAAAAUCGAUAAGGAGGACGGAAAGUAUAAAAGCUCAGUCUGUGGAUCUUCACAGCCCUUCAAUGCAAAUGAGGGAUAAUGACGUGGAGGAGAGACCACAGAAGUCACUUAAUGAGAAACAGCAGGAAUACCAGGAUUUGCUUCUUCGAUGUAUUGCACAGCCCCUAGGAUUCUCGAAAGGCCGACCAGUUGCUGCUUGCAUCAUAUACAAAUGUCUUAGACAGUGGCGAUCAUUUGAAGCUGAAAAAACCAGCAUUUUUGAUCGUAUAAUACAAACAAUAGGCCAAGCGAUUGAGACACAAGAUAACAAUGAAGUCUUGGCAUAUUGGUUAUCCAAUGCAUCAACGCUGUUGCUGCUUUUACAACGCACAUUGAAAGCUAGUGGUGCUGCUGGGGCCCCACCGCACCGACGGACAACAUCAGCUACAUUAUUUGGGAGAAUGACUCAGAGCUUUCGUGGAACUCCACAAGGUGUAAACAUUUCUAUAAUAGAUGGGGAGACAACUGGUGCAUCCGACACAUUACAACAAGUUGAAGCCAAAUACCCUGCUCUGCUUUUCAAACAGCAAUUAACAGCAUAUGUUGAAAAAAUAUAUGGGAUGAUACGUGAUAACUUAAAAAAAGAGAUUUCUCCAUUGCUUGGAUUAUGCAUUCAGGCACCAAGAUUAUCCAGAGCAAACUUGCUAAAGGGGACAGCUGUAGCACUGGCAAGUGCUGCUUCUCAGGAUAUUCUGAUUGCGCACUGGCAAGGAAUUGUCAACAACAUUGGAUGCUUCUUAAACAUGUUGAAAUCUAACAAUGUGCCUCCAUUUUUGGUUCGCAAAAUCUUCACACAGAUUUUUUCUUUCAUCAAUGUACAAUUAUUCAACAGCCUUUUAUUGAGACGAGAGUGCUGCUCUUUCAGCAAUGGGGAAUAUGUCAAGGCAGGGUUGUCUGAAUUGGAACAAUGGUGCUACAAAGCAACUGAAGAGUAUGCAGGAUCAGCUUGGGAUGAGCUCAAGCACAUACGACAAGCUAUUGGGUUCUUGGUAAUUCAUCAAAAGCCAAAGAAGACACUGGAUGAAAUAAGUCAUGAUCUAUGCCCAAUUCUUAGUAUUCAGCAGCUAUACAGAAUCAGUACUAUGUAUUGGGAUGAUAAAUAUGGCACACAUAGCCUUUCUCCAGAUGUAAUUUCCAACAUGAGGGUGCUGAUGACUGAAGAUUCAAAUAAUGCUGUCAGCAGCUCUUUCUUGCUGGAUGAUGAUUCAAGCAUACCAUUUUCGGUUGAUGAUCUCUCCAAAUCCAUGGAUCAGAUCAAUAUAGCAGAUAUUGAGCCACCACCACUUGUUCGUGACAAUUCGGGUUUCAGUUUUUUGUUGCCGCGGGCUGAAUCAUGAUAAUUCAAGCUCCAGAUUUUCAUUAAGGUUCACUUAGCUGGAAAUUAAGGCAUGAUCAUAGGUUCGAUGUAAGCAGAACAUCUAGUGAAAGUACAUAGUCACAAAUGUUAUUCGAACCUCAUUUCAUUGAGCUCAGUAAGCCAUAGAGAGUUCAAAUUGUUGAAAGUAUAGUUUAUUUUCAUAAGGGCUGAUUGUUUCUUUGCAAAAAUAAAGUUAUAUAGGAUUGAGCA